ACAGAACAUUCGAAAUGUGACAUAUUUGUGUAAACAAUUUUUGAAAUUUUUUAAACAAUAAUAAAAUAACAAUUGGAAAGCAAUUAAAAGAUCAUUGUAUAGUGAUUUUAUUUUAAUUAAAUUUUAUUUCAAAAUAAUAAAAGUUUUAGAAUACAAUAACAGUGCCACGUAUUAGUAAAAUGAAGAUAAAUUGAAUUAUUUAGAAAAUUAUAUGGUAUUUAUUAUAGUUUGGCUUUUUAAAAUUAACCUAGCAACAUGAAAACUGUUGUCUUUUUGAUUAUUUGUCUUGUUGGCAAAAAUUAUGCUGAGAUUGUUGAUAAUGAUAUUGAUCCUGAGAAUAGUAUUAUUUGGGGACCAGGUUUGAAACCUGAAGAAAUUGUGAUGAAAGUGAGAUAUAUUUUUUUACAACUGCAGGACAGUAAUGGUAAAAAUCUUACAAAAUCUCCGGGCCAGGGAAUAGUUUCACAACAAAUAAAAGGGAAAAAUGUAAAAGGUGAUUUUUGUCAAAUUCGUACACAAAUAAUUGAUUGUACAGAUGGCAGUUUUAUUAUACGUUACAGGAUUUUAAAAACUUGUUUCAAUUUAAAGAUAUCUAUUAAAGUAAAAAAUACUGAAGUUGUAAAAGUACAAUCAGAAUUUAAAGGUCCCGUAUUUGAAGAUGAAUGUAAUUGUCCAGAAUCGUCAUUAACUAAAUGGCUAGAGAAUAAUGAAUGCAAUGAAAAUAAUUACAAUCAAUUAUUUGAAAAUCUUAAAAAAUUUCCGUCUGUUAAUUUUGAUGAUAUAAGAAAUGAUAUUAUUAAACAGUACAAUAAACCACAAAGCGUCAGUAUUUGUCAUUAUGUUGUGAAAUCGAAUAAGAUUUAUAGAAACUGUUACGGACAACAUGUGGGUUUUAAAAUGUUUAUGGAUUCGGUUUUAAAAUCAUUCACACGAAGAGUUUUACUACCCGAUAUUGAAUUUUUUAUGAAUUUGGGUGAUUGGCCAUUGGUGAAGAAAAAUGGGAAAAUUUAUCCUGUAUUUUCUUGGUGUGGCUCCGAUGAAACGGCAGAUAUUAUUCUUCCCACUUACGAUAUCACAGAAUCUUCAUUGGAAGCUAUGGACAGGGUAACAAUGGAUAUGUUAUCAGUGCAAGGAAGUACGAAACUUUCAUGGGAGGAAAAAAUAAAUAAAGCUUUUUGGAGAGGUCGUGAUUCACGUAGAGAGAGACUUGAUUUGAUUGAUAUUGCAAGAAAAAAUUCAGAUUUUAUUAAUGCGUCGAUAACAAAUUUCUUUUUCUUCCGCGAUGAAAUGGAUAAAUAUGGUCCCGGUCAAAAACCAAUUUCGAUGUUUCAUUUCUUCGAGUAUAAAUAUCAAAUCAGUAUUGAUGGAACAGUAGCAGCUUAUCGUCUUCCAUAUUUACUGGCUGGUGGUUCUCUUGUAUUUAAACAAAAAUCAAAUUAUUUUGAAUAUUUUUACGAUAAAUUAACGUCCGGAAAGGAAUUUAUUUCAGUAAAAGAAAAUUUAUCCGAUCUAGUGGAAAAAAUUCAAUGGGCUCGCAACAAUGAUAAAGAGGCAGAAAAAAUUUCCAAAAAUGCUCGACAAUUUGUACGUGAUAAUUUAAUGCCCAAGGAUAUAAUUUGUUAUCACAUGUCUCUUUUUAAGGAGUGGAGUAAGCGUUUGAAAAAUGAAAUAAAAAUUUUGCCGAAUAUGGAGGAAGUUCCACAGACUCCGUAUUCUUGUGAUUGUAGUACUCAAAAAUCAUUUCAUAAAGACGAACUUUGAUCUUUUAUAUAAUUAUUUAAAUAACUUUUAAAAAAGUGAAUCAAUUUAUCGCACCGCAAUGAAGUACAAAAAAAUUGCAUUUCCAAUUUUUAAGUAUACACAACCAACCGAAGAAGCUGAUCGUAAGUUUAUUGAAAAUAUUAAUUUUUUAAACUAGAAUAAAAUAAUUUGAUUUUUUUUGAGAGGGGGGAAUGUCUGAAAGCAAACAAAUACGUUAUGAGUUAUUUUAUCUUAUAACCUUUAUUAUUAAAUACGUAAUCUCGCAUUACAUUCGACAAUUAAUAAUUAUGAAUUUUCGUGACGAAAAUAGUAUAGUUUUGUUUUAUAAACAUAAAUAAUACACAUAUGUUUAAAAAAUUCUAAGUAUCCCAUCCAUGCGUCUAUUUUAGUACAAACAAAAAAAUCAAUUCAUUCGUUGAUUAAAUUUUUCUCAAGAAAGAAUUUAAAAAAUAAUCAAGUUUUCUAAAUUACAAUGCGUCUUAUAUGUAUUAUUCCGGGUCGCGCUUUAUAUGUAUAUGGUAAAUACAUAAAACUGAUAUAUAUAAUAUAUAAAUGAGAUUACUUACAA